CGCUUGUCACCAUGAACCUUCUUUCUAAAGCUUCAAGCUUUAGUUUGAGUUCAUGGCCACACCUACCAAAGUGAUAUCCUACUUGUCUUCCAAGCAAAACCCCCACACCCAAAUCCACUGCCACCUUACACAACUUUUCCUUUUUUUCUGCAACCAUAUCAUACUUUCACUCAUUCACUACAUCUCAACAUCUUCAUCCUUGUACUCCCCACUCUAAGCCUAUCCUGUGUAAUCCUUGCUCUAAAUCUCUUGCACAAGAGAAGAAGAAUACAAAGAUGGGCUCAGUCCAAAUGCCUGGAAAUUUUCUAUCUUCUGCAUUGCCAGAGUCCUCAUGUGCCUAUCUUCUUCAAGAAUUGAAGAUGAUAUGGGAUGAAGUGGGACAAGACCAACAUGACAGAGAAAGGAUCCUGCUUGAAAUUGAGCAGGAUUGUGUGGAUGUUUACAGGAGAAAGGUCGAUACCGCGAAUAUCUCUCGUGUUCGGCUUCAUCAAGCAUUGGCCGAGUCAGAAGCUGAGUUCACCAAUCUUCUUCUUUCCCUCGGAGAAAGAUCAUUCCCUGGCAGGCCGGAAAAAUUGACAGGGACUCUAAAGGAGCAGCUUGACUCCAUCACCCCAGCCCUUCAAGAAAUGCAGAUGAGGAAAGAAGAGAGGGUAAGGCAGUUUCGGGAAGUUCAAACUGAGAUCCAAAAAAUAGCCUCGGAGAUCGCAGGCCGUUCGGUUUGUGAAACUGUCGCCGUGAAUGAAGGCGACCUCUCGCUGAAAAAGCUAGAAGAUUAUCAUAAUGAAUUACAAAGACUUAAGAAGGAAAAGAGUGAUAGACUACGUAAAGUCGAAGAGUACAAAAGUGCAGUGUAUGACCUCGCGGUAAUCAUGGGAAUGGAUCCUUCGAAGAUCAUCGCUGAUGUUCACCCGAGCUUAUUGGAUGGUUUGAGUGGACGGCAAUCAAAGAAUAUAAGUGACAACAUUUUGGAGAAGCUGAAGAGCACAGUACAGCAUCUCAAAGAAGAAAAGCAGAUGAGAAUGGAAAAGCUUCGAAGUCUUGAGAAAGCAUUAACCAACCUGUGGAGUCUUUUGGAUAUACCUCCUGAAGACCGGCAACCAUUCUCUCACGUUAAGAAUUUUUCGUCGAUAUCUGCUACAAGUGGCAUGUUACGUCCUGGAACGCUUACCCUCGACACAAUUCAAAAGGCCGAGUCCGAAGUUCGGAGGUUGGAUCAGCUAAAAGCAAGCAAAAUGGAAGAGUUGUUCUUAAAAAAGAAGAUUGAGGUUGAGGAAAUAUGCAAGAAAUCUCACAUGGAGUUGCCUUUCAAGUUAGAAAUGGAUAACAUUAUGAAACUAAUAAUUUCAGGAAAACUGGACCAUGAUGAAUUACUGAAGACAAUGGAAGAAUACAUAUCGGAAGCAAAGGAGGAGGCUUAUAGCCGGAGAGAUAUAAUGGACAAGGUUGAAAAGUGGAUGGCUUCAUGCGAGGAAGAGCGCUGGUUGGAAGAAUACAGCAGGGAUGAGAACCGGUACUCGGUAAGCAGAGGAGCUCAUAAAAACUUGAGACGUGCCGAGCGAGCGAGAAUAGUAGUCAGCAAAAUUCCAGGUUUAGUUGAAUUGCUGAUGGCUAAGACCAAGAUUUGGGAAGAGGAGAGACAGAAAACUUUCUUGUAUGAUGAGCUCCCUCUUUUGGCAAUGCUCGAAGAAUAUGUUUUACUACGCAAGGAAAAGGAAGAAGAGAAGUACAGGCAGAGGGAGAUGAAAAAGGUGCAGAAUCAAUAUGUAAAGCCGCAGGAGAGCCCAUUUAGCUCGAGGCCGAGGACAAGCAGUAGCCACGGUUCAAACCGAAGUUUAAACAGCAGUUUUGCCUAUGCAUCAUCGCCUUUGAAUAAGAGAAUUUCUGGAAUGAGCCAACCAGGAGGCUCGGAUAACAAUUCUAUAGCUGAAGAGACCAGGUUCAUUAGAAAAAGCAGGAGCACAAGAAUGCGGAAGAUGUCGGGGAAUAACGGCCACGGCUUUAAUGUUAAAGCAGAUGCAGCAUCAGAAAUAUCGGUGACAUGCUCAGGCCCAACAUCUCCUUGAUUUUUUUCCCCCCUUUUUUUUUCAAUCUACAAAUAUGAAGUGAGUAGUAUCAUGAUUCUCAUCAUGUAUGUGUGAUUUAGGUAGGGACAUAUAAAGUUUGAAUAUGAUUGUGUUUGUACAAAGAAAACAAAAAAAGAACAGAAUGUAACACUUGUAUCAAAAUUAUAUUCAUGUUGAAGUUUGUGAAAGCCGGAAUUUCAAUUGAAGCUAGUUGGUGAA